AUGGAGCUCUUCAUAACAAUAUGUCUUUUAAUUGUUUUCUGCGUAAUCUCAUACUUCUACCAGAGGUUUUUUCAAAUGAGAAACCAAUGCUGUUAUAUGUUAGCGUAUGAGUGUUACAAGGCGACUGACGACAGAAAGCUUGAUACUGAAGCUUGUGUAAGAGUUGUCAUGAGGAACAAGAAUCUUGGUCUAGACCAAUACAGGUUUCUCUUACAGACCAUGGUGAAUUCAGGUCUUGGUGAAGAAACUUAUGGCCCAAGAAAUGUCCUUGCUGGCAGAGAAGAAACUCCCACUCUGGAGGAUGCUCAGGCAGAGAUGGAUGAGAUUAUGUUUGACACACUUGACAAGCUUUUUGCCAAGUCUGGAGUUUCUCCAUCCGAGAUAGAUAUACUCAUUGUCGAUGUGUCACUGUUUGCUCCAGCACCUUCCCUGACAGCUCGGAUUAUAAACCGAUACAAGAUGAGGGAUGACAUUAAAGCCUUCAGCCUCUCCGGAAUGGGAUGUAGUGCAAGCAUGGUAGCUGUUGACCUGGUGCAGCACUUGUUCAAGACAUACAAGAAUGCAUUUGCAAUUGUUGUAAGCACAGAAACAAUAGGUCCACAUUGGUAUUGUGGCAAAGAAAAAUCCAUGAUGCUGUCAAACUGCCUGUUUCGAUCCGGAGGGUGUUCAGUGCUCUUGACAAACAAAAGAUCAUUGAAGCAUCAAGCUCUGAUGAAAUUAAGCCAUUCAGUACGAACCAAUAUUAGCUCAAAUGAUGAAGCAUACGGAUGCUGCAUACAAAUUGAAGAUGAGCAAGGAUAUGAGGGUUUUCUUCUCACAAGAAGCCUAACAAAAGCUGCUGCUAAAGCUUUGACAAUGAAUCUCAAAGUUUUAGUACCCAAAAUCUUACCAAUAAGAGAACUACUCCGGUUUGCUAUAGUAUCUUUGAGUAAACGUAAGAGCAAAAGCUCAACACCUGAAUCAGCAAGAGCAGGUUUGAAUCUGAAGACUGGUAUUGAGCAUUUCUGUAUUCACCCUGGUGGAAGGGCAGUUAUUGAUGGUCUUGGAAAGAGUUUAGGGCUCAGUGAAUAUGACCUUGAGCCAGCCAGAAUGGCGCUUCACCGCUUUGGAAAUACAUCAGCUGGUGGCCUGUGGUAUGUUCUAGGUUACAUGGAAGCCCUGAAGAGGCUGAAGAAGAGUGACAGGAUUCUGAUGAUCAGCCUUGGAGCUGGUUUCAUGUGCAACAACUGUGUUUGGGAGGUGAUGAAGGAUUUGGUAGAUGCUAAUGUAUGGGAAGACUCAUUAGAUCGUUAUCCCAUCUCCAGAAAUAACCUGGAGAACCCUUUUGCUGAGAAGUAUAGCUGGAUCAAUGAUGAGUGUCUAAACUUUGUCAGGGUGAACUAGAAUUAUCGGCCUUUUCUGCAUUUUCUGAUUUUUAGAUGUUUUAAACUUCCCCCCAUUUGUUGCAUCAGGUUUUGUUCUUCAUGAAGUUGCCAU